CGCAACUACUUUACCGACUGUCGAUAAUGUGACCUGUCAAAUUGGAAAUUAAAAUAAUAAAUACGUAAGAAAAAAAAAUACAUCAGACGUUGUUUCACGUUGUUUUUAGAGAAAAGUAAUAUCGGAUUGACUGUGAAUGAUAAGUUCAUGACUAUUUAGUGAAUUUUUGUCGUAAAAAUGAGUUUCUCCGAGAAACAGGACGGUGUUUCUAAAGACGAAUGGAUCGCUAAACUCGAGGAGGGUUCACAUAUUCAAAGAACAUCAAUGAAUAAUUUAAUAAUGAAUUAUUUAGUAACUGAGGGAUUUAAGGAAGCAGCGGAAAAAUUCCAGCAGGAAUCUGGAGUUGGACCCACUGUUGAAUUGAAUUCGAUGGACGAUAGAAUUCGAAUUCGGGAUGCAAUUCAAAAUGGUAGAAUUCAAGAGGCUACAGAUCUUGUCAAUCAGUUACAUCCAGAAUUGUUGGAUAAUGAUAGAUAUCUCUAUUUUCAUCUUCAACAAUUACAUCUCAUUGAAUUGAUUCGCACCGGACGGAUCGAGGAGGCUUUACAAUUUGCCCAAGAACAAUUGAGUGAAGCUGGGGAAUCUGAUGAUAAUAUUUUAAGCGAAUUGGAAAGAACUUUGGCUCUAUUGGCAUUUGACGAACCACACAAGAGUCCCUUCAGUGAUUUAUUACAUCCGACUCACAGACAAAAGAUCGCAAGCGAAUUGAAUGCGGCUAUAUUAAAAACCGAACACAGAGAAUUAACAAGUCCGAGACUGAAUAAUUUGUUAAAACUUAUUUUAUGGGCGCAGGACGAAUUGGACAAGAAGAAAAUAAAAUAUCCUAAAAUGACUGAUUUGGGUAAUGCGAGCAUAGAAAGCCCGAAAUAAGUUUAGAAAAAAAAGCAAUGCAAAUUUACUAAAAAUAUAUUUAUUUUAUAGUUAAUUAGAAUUAUUAGAUUAUUAAUUUUAGAAAUGUACUAUAAAAUAUUGACGUUUUUGCAUUGUUUAACACGCAAUUUAUAAUUAUUAAGAAAGAAACUUUAAUAUCUUCGAGUACAUAUAAACACACAACUUUAUAUAUAUAUAUGCUUUAUUAUUUCAAUAAUUUACAAAGACUUUUUCAAAUCAAGACUCAAUAUUUGCGUAGAACGUAUAAAGAAAAGCAUAUAUAUAUAUAUUUAUAUUAAAUAUAUUAUAAAAACAAAAAAAUUGUGAUUAAUUGCAAUUCUAAUUGAUUAAAUGUUCACUUUUUAGUACUGUUACCAAGUAAAAUAAACGAAAUUUUCUCGAC